GAAACUUCUCCAGCCUUUAAAAAUAUACUAAGUACGCUAUGGAAAAAUGCCAUGUCAAAUUGAUGAAUUUUAUUUUUAAAAUGGUAUGGUCCCCAAAUCAAAAUGUGAAACAUUUGUGCUUCAAAGGACACCCUAAAAUGAAAAGACCGCCCACAAAAUGGGAGAAUACAUUUGCAAAGGACGUAUCUGAUAAGAGACUUGUAUCCAGAAUAUAUAAAAUACUCUUAUAAUUUCAUAACAAGAAGGCAUCCAGGUGGUGGCACUUUGUUGUGCCAGCCCCGGGACACCAAAACAGAGGGCAGACAGAGGCUGUGCUCAACUGGAAGAUAGGGGUAAGGGGGGAGCUGGGGGUGAGGCUGUGUGAGCGGAACCGUGUGAGGAACCACUGGCCUGGACCUGGGAACACCCCUACCCCCACCACACACAGGUGCCUGAGGGUUGCAGGACGGUGGAAUCCCUCAGCCCCAGGAGGGCUCAGGAUAGCCUGUCCCCUGGCAGGUAGGCAUCGCCUCCAGCCACCCUGCAGGGGCUCAUGGGGCAGUCUGCUCAGGUGCCCCACCUGGUGGGCCCACCCUACGGGUCUUGCGGGUCAUGCUACACCCUGGGACAGGAGGUUCUUGGAACCUUCUCUGGACUUUGGAGCUGAGAUACACUCCGUUCCAAGUGACCUGGCCAGCAUUCCUCAGGACCUUGAUCCCUGCCCCCCCCUCAGCUGGAUGACUACAUUUUCCAAAGCUCAGCGAGCCUCUCGAUCUGCUUUCCCAAGUCUGGACUUUCCUGCUGCCCCUCCCCCGUCUCAGGCUGAUGAGGGUGGGGAAGAGCCUGUUUCCAGGCUCCAACAUUUCUGCCCUAGCUCAGAGAGUGGAGCUGCCACAGCCAGAGCCAUGCCCACCCCCUCCCAGGCCCUUCAGUCUCCCUGUCUGUCCUUUGCUUCUGUCUCUGUCUCACACACACACACACACACACACACACACACGCACCCCCCCCACACAUCCUGCCUUUGGGGCAGGCUCCACCCUCCCCCAACCCGUCCCUUCUCCCUCCUUCCUCCCCCCUCCCUCUUCCCUCUUAAAAGAGCGACUCUCUCUCUGCAGCAGAAACCUCAGCUGGGAGCAUCUGUGAGAAGGUCACAGGCCCUGGAGCCCCGAACAACCAUGUGCUUCGCCAAGACAGGCAGAAGUCCUACUGAGGACUUACGACUCAAAAUGCACCAGAUGGUGGACAGUUUCUGUAAUAGCCAUCAGAAUCAACCAGAAGGACAAGAAGAGGAGGAGGUGGCGCUGCUGCAGCUGGAGGACGACUUCAAUGAGGUCUUGCUCGACACUGUGGAUCUGCACUAUCAGAACAGCAAUCAGGAAUCCACUCCGUUACUUCCUGAAGUGCGGCAGGAAUUGCGCUCCAGGGUCCGGAGGUCCUCUGUCCCUUCCCUGGAAGAUGAAAGCUUGGAGGUCUGGGAUCCCAGGGAGUCCUUUUAUGACAGAGCCCUGAGGUUGUUCCAGAGGCUGCUGUGCUGCCUGCAGCAGAAGUGGCAGGCCGUGCUGGCUUGGGUGCGGAAGAUGGUGGCUGCUGGCAUGCAGGCCCUUUGCAGCGCCGUGGAGGCCGUCUGGAGUGUGUUUCAGGAUUUCUGCUCCUUCGUGGCACAGGUCCUCAGGAGUGCCAUCCAGGCCUAGCCAAGCCCCCCCUCCACGGGUUUCCGGCCCAGGUCUGCCCCAUUGCUCUGCUAUGGUGUCUUAAUAAAAGCUGGUCGAACCCAA